GCCCCCGGAGAGGAGCCUGAGGCUGGCAGCCGCCGGGGGGAUGGGGGCGGCGCCCAGUGGUCGGAGUGCCCCGUGCCCUGGGCGGAGCCACGGCCAUCUGACACCCAGAGGCGCAGAUACACGCUCCCCGCUUGGGUUUCAUGGAUUCCCAGCCCAGCUGCGUGGUAGUGACUGGUUUUGGACCCUUCCGGCAGUACCUGGUGAAUUCCAGCUGGGAAGCAGUGAAGGAGCUGUCCAAGCUGGGCCUGAACAGUGACGUGGAGGUGGAGCUGCAGAUUCUUCAGCUACCUGUAGAUUACAGGGAGGUGAAGCAGAGGGUCACCAGAAUUUGGGAAGACCUUCAACCGCAACUCGCUGUGCACAUCGGCCUGGACGCCUCCGCCAAGGCCAUCGUUCUGGAGCAGUGCGCCAAGAACCGGGGCUACCGGGACGCGGACAUCCGGGGCUUCCGGCCGGCGCGCGGCGAGUGCCUUCCGGAUGGCCCGGAAGUGAUUGCGUCGGAGGUCAGCAUGAAGGCGGUGAGCGAGCGCGUGGCCGUGGAGGGCGUGGAGGUGACCUUUUCUCGAGAUGCGGGCAGAUAUGUCUGCGAUUACACCUACUACCUGUCUUUGCAUCAUGGAAGUGGGUCCGCGGCACUCAUCCACGUGCCUCCAUUAUCCCGUUGGCUCCCAGCCAGGCUGCUGGGAAAAGCCCUGCAAGUCAUCAUCCAGGACAUGCUGGAAGAGCUGAGAAAGCCUGAGCUCAAAGCCUCGUUCGCAGAAAACUCAACCGCCGUGCUUCCAGACCGGGGGAACCAAUUGGGGGACUGCUCCUUUGGAGAAAAUUAA